CCAUGUUGCAGCAAAUGGCAUUAUUUUAUUCUUUUUUGUGGCUGAGUAGUAUUCCAUUGUAUAAAUACACCACAGCUUCCUUAUCCAGUCAUCUGUCGAUGGACACGGAGGUUGCUUCCAUGUCUUGGCUAUUGUAAAUAGUGCCGCUGUGAACACUGGGGUGCAGGUGUCUUUUCGAACUGCAGCUUCCUUCGGAUAUAUGCCCAGGAGUAGGAUUGCUGGAUCAUAGGUUAAGGAAACUGAAACAGUCUAUGGAAACUCUUUGAAACCUCUAAAACACGUUAAACAAAUGUUUUCUGCGGAUACCAUGACGGUCACGGUGGUAUAUGAUAACUCCGAGGCAACCGAGCUCUGUGCAGCUCAGCAUCUCUACCUCAAGCCCAUAGCAAAGUUGAUGAUCAACGUCUUGCUCCCGGAGAGUACUGAACCCAUGAGGCCCUUCUCUAACUGGGAGGUUCUUGACCAGCUGAAGAGCCUGAUUUGUCCUGACCAGUUCACCACAGUGCGGCUCUCCAAGAGCACGAAGGACUUUAUCCGCUUUGAGGGGGAGGCUGAAACGCGAAGUUUGGUGCAGAUCCUGAAGGCCAAGUUACAUGGAAAGAUCAUCAAGCUAAACGGUUUGAAAACUGACUUCAGAGUAGUGGCUACAGAUGCCCAGGGAGAGUGGGAACACUUCCCCCAGGAAAAGGGGACCCCAUCUGGUGAUGGGACUGAAGAGCAGGACCACGAGAAGAGCCCAGACUCUAUAUACUUUGAAGGCCUGCCCUGCAAGUGGUUUGCACCGAAAGGUUCCAGCGGGGAGAAGCCAUGUGAGGAGAUCCUCCGGGUGGUCUUUGAAAGUUUUGGGAAGAUCAAGAAUGUGGACAUCCCAAUGCUUGACCCCUACCGAGAAGUCAUGAGUGGUGGGAGCCUUGGGGGUUUUAGCUUUGGCUUACAGACAUUCGAGGCCUUUAUCCAGUACCAGGAGUCAACUGACUUCGUAAAGGCCAUGGAGUCCCUCCGAGGGAUGAAGCUGAUGCUUAAAGGAGAUGACGGGAAAGCUCUGGCAUGUAACAUUAAGGUUAUGUUUGACACAACCAAACACUUCAGUGAAGGAGCUAUAAGGAGGAGAAAUCAAGAAAGGCUAAAAUUACAAGAGCUGGAGGAAGAAAGGAAAAAAGAAAAGAAGAGAGAAGAGGAAGAGGCUGAAAGAAGGAGAAAAGAGGACAGGAAAGCCCAGGAAAAGAGGAAAAGGGCCAGGAUCAGAAGGCACGCCCCGAAGGGAAGAGGCCGACACCGGCAAAGGAGACAGAAGGACCCGACCCAAGCGGGGCAGGAGCCCGACUCCUCGGAGCGCUGGGAGGAGAGGAAGUACCUGCUGGCUCAGAGGCUGGUGGAGGCCCUCCGCCUGCUGCGGGCGCUCCUGAUAAACAUUGCAGGGUCCAUUCAGUUUAACCCACAGGAGGUAGAUGUUGCUGUCUCCAAAGCUAAUCGUGCUCCGGGGACCACAUCAGAAACUCUGAAGAAAGAAGAGUUAAACACUCAGUAUCUUCAAAAUCAGGAGGAAAUGCCAAGAUACCUGGCUUCCAAGUCAGACAAUAAACGAAAACAAAAAAUGAAGAAACAAGCUAGGGCUCACUUACAUAAAUCUUCCCACCACCUUGGGGAAAAAAAUCUAAGAGAUUCAGCUAGGAAAGAGAGAACUGGAAAAUUAUUAACCAGUGAAUACAAUUACAGUUUGGUCCCUGAGCAGAAUUCCUUGCAAAUUGCAAUGAUUCAAGGUCAGUCUCUCGAGAAAGAAGACCACCACGGUUCUAGUAAGUCCUAUUCUUCCAGAUUAUCUGAGAGAGAUCAUGGCAGGAAACAGAAGAUCUAUGAAACGGAUGAAUUUAUUGACUAUCUUUUAAACUAUUAUCAAACUCCAAAAUAUGCCCGUAUCUGCCUAGAACCAAGUCACAUAACAAGCACAUGUCAGUGGCAGAGGGCGGUCCACACUAAAGGGAGUGGAUUUCAAAUCAAUUUGAGAAAACAUAAGCAUCACUCAACCAGUUUGAGCCAAAUGCAAAACCUAGAUAGGAGAGAACAGGUUCAAGAAGAUGAUUCCUGGACAAAGGUUUGUACUCAGGAUCCUAAGCAUAAACCAGAAAAGAGAGGAACAGUGGAUUAUGCCAAAGAAUGGACUAAGGAGUUUAAAAAUCAUUGCGAGGACACAGCCAGUGAAGCUGGUGAUCAGCUGCCCACAACUGAUGAAAAGAUCCAUCUGUUGGAAAAGACUCAGGCUGACCAGGUCAAAGAUUCCACAUCCACACGUCAAAGCCAAGUUUUCUCACCCAACAGGUCAGCAGACUUAGAUUUGGAACUGACAGAUUUCUUAGAGGAAAUUAGCAGUGAUUCUGAAUGUUUCAGUGAAAUUCUCAGCGUAAACAAAGAGGAGGAAGGGAAAUCUGUAGCCACAAAUGACAGCUCCCCAGAAAAGGGAUCUCUUGAUGCUGAUGAAAUCAUCAUUUGCAAUCAAGAAAUUCAGUCAAGUCAGCAGACGUUGUAUUCAAAGUGGACCCAUGACGGGGAGGAAAAACACUCUAAGUACAAGCUUAGGAAACCAGGCAAGAGGUCUGAGUAUGAACUGAGCUUUUCACCCUCAUGGCUUGAGGGCGAAAACAAUCCCAUUAGAGACAAGAAGAGCAACAGUAAAAAGAGGGAAAUACUAGCCCCGAAAUGGUUGUCGGAUAAAGGCUACUAUCAAGAAUCCAGUUCCAGUGAUCUAUUAGACGAUGUCACAAGAAAGAGGAGGAGGUUCAGUGAGAGGACAUUUGACCAGCCAGUGAACCAUAGGCCCUUUCAUGUGCCAGUAGCAUCAUCCAGAAGUGCUAAUGCUUCCUAUUUGGGGAAUUUUCCCAAAAGAAGAGAGACACUGCGGAAGUCAGAAUAUAACCAGGAUGCAAGAAGGUUUAAAAGACAUGAGAAUUCUGAAGAUUUUAUGCUGAAUUCUGAUCAUUAUAACACUAGACAUAACACUCGGGUGCACAUUGACUACGGCAGCUCAUUAGGAAGCAACUAUGCUCGUUCUUUAUAUUUUCAAAUGUUUUGAAGUUCUGUUAGAUCAGGACACCCUUUUUCACAAGAAAAAAAUUGCAAGAAGAAAAUUUAAAACCAAAUACAGCUAUGUAGUUAGCAACUACAGAGCAGGAGAGCGACACUUAAGAGCUUGAGCAAGGUCAAAGGCAAAAUCUUGUUUCUCUUGCCAAAGCAUAAAGCAUAGAUGAUCAAAGUGACUGCAGGUGUGUUGGCAAGCUUUGGAAACCCAAAACAGCCAGAUUCUGAAGCUGGGUAAAAACAAUGUGCUUGCAAAACUUCUUCACCCAAGGACAGCCAUUUCUACAAUUCAAUUGCAACUUUAAUUUGGUGCCAGCAAAGGAGCAAAUUAACACAGAGAGGAGUUGAGAGCCCUCUGUGGCUCUUUGGCUGUCAUAACGUUAUCACUUAGGAUCAUUUAUCUUCAAAGGGGACGGCAGUGAAUGAAUAAGGAUCUUUUUACAAGUUCUUUGAUUUGGUCAGAACACCAUGUGCAGCAACAAACUUUCCCGACUUUCAUCUAGAAAUACCUAUAGAAAAAAGGAGACGACAGCUAGAACAUAUAAUAGACAUCUUCAUGACACAGAGGGUUUCAUGAACACCCAUCAGAAGGAAAUUAAUCCUAUUGAUAUGUUCAUAGUUCUCAAAGAGUUGUCCUUUUAGAAACAAGGCCUUAGAAGAAGAAUCUAAAAGGGGUCUCAGAUUGUCCUUGGAGGUUUAAACAGAUAGUGGACCAUCAUUAGCAGAGUUGUUUUUUUGUAAGAAUUCCAUGUCGUUCCAUCCUAGAAAAGCAACAAGAAUGAAGUAAUACAGUGUGGGAUUUGCAAAAGGAAAUAUUAAAAGAUCCUGUGGCACCAAUAAUGGCACUUGAGAAGAGAGGACAUGACAGUAUUCCAUUCCAGGCUAGGUAAUCCUUUCACUCAGGGUUGGGUGACAUCCGUUUGUAAAAAGCCACUGAAUAUCCCCAAACUGACUUUUAUAAAACAGUAACAAGUGCCUCCUCAAUCCUCAAUAAUGCCGUGGAGUUAGGAAGAGUCAAGGGCAAAGCCCGUAGUUUUCUAGCUGGGGAAAAAUUGUAUGUGUGCAGGAUUUGUAAACUCUUAACGUAAGUGAUUUAUCUUUUUACCUACUGGUUUUGGACUUCUUGAAUAUGUUUUUAAAUUGAGAUAUUUUCUAGAUUCGUAAAGACUUACAUCUUAACGCAGUGCAUGUUCUGUUGAAAGCUCGGCCGAUUCAUUCUGCCUUAUAUUGGAUUUAGGACCUCAGGGGCAGUAGAUGAACUUUUUUUUUUUUUCCAACAAAGCUAUAGCUGACUUGGCAAUUGAAGACAUCAAUCAGAUUAGACUGCCUGCAGCAGGAAAAGGUGAUUUUAAUCCACUAAAUUAGUGGGGGGCAACAUUUUCAUGUGACAUGAUUCAUUUCAAACAGUCUUAACUUGAUAGUCUGUAGAAAAGUACCCCUGGUAAAGCCAAGGUAGGUGCCAGUCAGUGUGGUUGACCAGAAUGAUGAGGCACAAUGUGUGCUCAUAACCAUCCUCUUAAGCAACCUGAUGUCUGAAGGGUCUAUAAAAUCUGAUUGAUUUAAAAGUAAGAGCCAUAAGUUGUUUCAUUGAUCUCUUCUAAAUCACGUUUAAUAGAGGUAUGCUAGUACAGGCAAAAGUUCAGCAAUGAAUGUAACAUAGCAGAUUAUGUUUAUUAUUGAUAUGAUAAUGACCAAUGAAUGAUUUCUUGGCUCUCUUAUAUUCAGUUCCACUUUCAAGUCAGUGACUCUGCCAUCAAAACCAGGUCUGGCUUGUCAAAUCUGAAAAAUCGCUCCUGGGGUGAGUGCCUUUUCUUCUCUGAGGAGUAGCGGUAACUAUUAAUGUUCAGCGUACUGUUGUCCGGAGUAGCCUUCUAAAUUACUAACAGCUUGUAUUUUGUCAGACAACUUUUGCUAACCAGGUGUUAUUCUCCUCCAGUGAGACCCCGCCUCAUUUUUUCAUGUUUCGUGCCCUUGAAACAAAGAACAUUAUGGGUUUGUAAUGGAAAGCAGCUAUGCUUGUUUUGAAAAACACACAAAAAAACUCUCAAUCUCUUCUGUCAUUUGAGAAUUUUUCAUUGCAGAGAUUUUAAGCAUGAAAACAAUUUGCUGCUCAGUAACCAGACAUAAAAAAUAAAUUGCAGAAUACAGCAUGUGCAAUUUAAAAAAUUGUUUUGUAUAAUAGAACUGGUGCUAAGUCACUUCUAUAUAAUAUUUUUGUCUCAUUUUGUUUGCUAAAUACCAUCCUGGGACCUAGAAGAAAGGAAAAAUACUGGUUUUAUGUUUACUUUCUGUACAACCUUGGAUUUUUGUCUUGGGUAAUGCAUUCUGGAUUUGAGUAAACCUCUUUUUUGUGUGUGUGCGUAGGCCUUAAAUGAAGAAGAGAACAAUUUAUCCUGAACUUUUCAAAUGAAUGGCUUAGUAAGGAAUGAAAUAGAGCCGAAAAUAUUGUAAUCACUUUCUGUUGAUUAACAUUGUUAUUCUUCGUUGUGCUGUUAUUUAAGUGGUGCAAAAGUCUUUUCUCAUAUCUUUUUUCUAUGUCCAAUCAAGUAAGGGAGAACUUUAAACUGUGUCUUUUACAAUAGGCAUUUCCAUGUUUUUCCUUGUUAUGUGCUGCUAAUAGUGCUUUAAGAAAGCUAAAAAAAAUCUGUCAAUGUGUUUUUGUUCAAUUUGAAUUUCUCAGGUAGAAAGCCAUGUAACCUGGUAAUUUGGAAAAUAAAAACCAAAUAAAUGUAUUUUUAUUUGUUGGAAGACCAUUCAAAAUGUUAACUUUUAAAUAAAUGCUGAUAAUUCCACUUUGGUGGGGGGGAUUUCUACCCAUAGGAGGCCGCUUUGCACUAAUGUUGCUAAUCCUUUUCCUCAUUUGCAUUGUUAGAGAAAAUACAUAUUUAAUUUUCAGAUAUAUUAAAAAUAAAAUU